UUUUGAAAGAUCACUCAGCUUUAACACACCUUGGCUGGGUCUGGAUAAAAAAAGUGGGCACUGCGAAUUCUAGAAGAAGGCGUCAGGGGAAGAUUAUUGAAAGUUGUUUCCUUCAAAAUCCCAAGCGAGGUGGCUAUGGUAUGGAUGGAACCAAGAAAACCAAACGAGAUGGCACCGAAGUCACGGAAAGACUUAUCACUGAAACAGUAACUACAAGACUUACAUCCUUACCGCCAAAAGGGGGGACCAGCAAUGGCUAUCCUAAAACAGGCUCCCUUGGUGGAGGGAGCCGGCUGGAGAAACAAAGCCUGACUCACGGCAGCAGUGGCUACAUCAACUCGAGUGGCAGCAUACGCGGCAACGCGUCCACCUCCAGUUACCGGCGGGCUCAUUCUCCCGCCUCCACUCUGCCCAACUCACCCGGCUCCACCUUCGAGAGGAAAACGCACGUCACCCGCCAUGGGACAUACGAAGGGAGCUCCAGUGGCAACUCUUCUCCGGAGUACCCUCGGAAGGAAUUUGCAUCUUCUGCAACCAGAGGACGGAGCCAAACACGAGAGAGCGAAAUUCGAGUUCGCCUGCAGAGUGCGUCCCCGUCCACCCGAUGGACAGAGUUGGAUGACGUGAAGCGUUUGCUCAAGGGGAGUCGAUCGGCGAGUGUGAGCCCCACCCGGAAUUCCUCCAACACACUCCCCAUCCCCAAGAAAGGCACCGUGGAGACCAAAACAGUGACAGCCAGCUCCCAGUCGGUGUCGGGCACCUAUGAGGCCACGGUCCUGGAUGCCACCCUUCCUCCCCACAUGUGGUCCUCCACCCUGCCCGCGGGGUCCUCCCUGGGGACCUAUCACAACAACAUGACGACCCAGAGCUCGUCCCUCCUCAACACCAACGCCUACUCUACAGGCUCAGUCUUUGGCGUUCCGAAUAACAUGGCCUCCUGCUCGCCCACCCUGCACGCUGGACUCAGCACCAGCUCUUCAGUAUUCGGAAUGCAGAACAAUCUGGCCCCCAGUUCAUCUGCCCUGUCCCAUGGCACAGCCACCACGUCCACAGCAGCCACAGCAGCAGCGUAUGGCGUGAAGAAAAACGUGCCCCAGAGCCCUGCUGCUGUGAACACAGGCGUGUCCACAUCUGCCGCCUGCACCACCAGUGUCCAGAGUGAUGACCUCUUGCACAAGGACUGUAAGUUCCUGAUCCUGGAAAAGGACAACGUCGUGCCCGCCAAGAAGGAGAUGGAGCUGUUGAUCAUGAGCAAGGACAGCGGGAAGGUCUUCACGGCCUCCCCCGCCAGCAUCGCUGCAACUUCCUUUUCAGAAGACACCCUAAAAAAAGAAAAGCAAGCUGCCUACAAUGCUGACUCCCACCUAAAAGCUGAAGCUAAUGGAGACCUGAAGACCACGUCCAACAAGGGCAAGGACACCUCUGCAGGGAUUCACGGCUACGGCCACGGCGGCGGCGGCGGCGGCGGGGGCCCGUGGGCAGCGCCAGCCUGGUGCCCCUGCGGCUCCUGCUGCAGCUGGUGGAAGUGGCUGCUGGGCCUGCUGCUCACCUGGCUGCUGCUGCUGGGGCUGCUCUUCGGCCUCAUCGCUCUGGCGGAGGAGGUGAGGAGGCUGAAGGCCCGCGUGGACGAGCUGGAGGCGGCCCGGGGCGACGUGCUAUCCUUCCAGGAGAAGAUGGAGCGCCAGAGCAGCAAGGACCGCCUGCAGGGCGCGGAGCCCGGCGCGGGCUGGGACGCGAGCAAAGCCGGGCUGGACGGCCACAGCCAGGAGGCGCUCUGGCUGUUCGUGCGCGACAAGCUCCUGGCGGAGCAGGAGAACGGAAAUCUCCGAGGAAGCCCUGGCCCUAAAGGUGAUAUGGGAAGUCAAGGCCCUAAAGGAGAUCGAGGCCUCCCUGGGAUCCCAGGUAUCCCUGGGCCCUUGGGCCACCCAGGUCCAGAAGGACCAAAGGGACAAAAAGGCAGCGUGGGAGAUCCGGGCAUGGAAGGACCCAUGGGUCAGAGAGGGCGAGAAGGCCCCAUGGGACCUCGCGGUGAACCAGGGCCUCCUGGGUUUGGAGAGAAAGGAGACAGAGGGGAUUCCGGGAAGCCAGGUCCUCAGGGCCCACCUGGUGUCCCAGGUUCCGUGGGUCCCAAAGGUUCCAGCGGCUCUCCUGGCCCACAGGGCCCCCCAGGUUCUAUAGGUCUCCAAGGGCUCCGAGGUGAAGUAGGACUCCCUGGUGUCAAAGGUGACAAAGGACCAGUGGGACCACCAGGACCCAAAGGUGACCAGGGGGAGAAAGGACCCCGAGGCCUCACAGGCGAGCCUGGCAUGAGAGGUCUGCCUGGUGCCGUGGGUGAGCCUGGGGCUAAAGGAGCAAUGGGUCCUGCGGGCCCCGACGGACAGCAAGGCCUAAGAGGUGAACAAGGUCUUACAGGGAUGCCUGGGAUCCGCGGCCCGCCAGGACCUUCUGGAGACCCAGGGAAGCCAGGUCUCACUGGACCCCAGGGACCUCAGGGACUUCCGGGUACCCCCGGCCGACCAGGGACUAAAGGUGAACCAGGAGCUCCAGGCAAGAUCGUGACUUCAGAGGGGUCAUCAACGCUCACUGUCCCAGGCCCCCCGGGACCUCCUGGAACCAUGGGACCCCCAGGACCUCCAGGUGCCCCAGGCCCUGCUGGCCCAGCUGGUCUCCCAGGACAGCAAGGCCCGCGAGGGGAGCGAGGACUCGCUGGCGAGUCGUUCCUGGGUAGUAGCAGCUCCAUCUCCGAGGUCCUCUCCACCCACGGUCUUGAUUUACGAGGUCCCCCAGGCCCACCUGGGCCACGUGGGCCACCAGGGCCUUCCAUCCCAGGCCCGCCAGGACCCCGAGGCCCACCAGGGGAAGGCUUGCCAGGCCCGCCGGGCCCACCAGGAUCUUUCCUGGCCGACUCAGAAACCUUCUUCUCUGGCCCCCCAGGCCCACCUGGCCCUCCAGGCCCCAAGGGAGACCAAGGUCCCCCAGGCCCCCGAGGACACCAAGGCGAGCAGGGCCUCCCAGGGUUCUCGACCUCAGGGUCCAGUUCUCUCGGACUCAACCUGCAGGGACCACCAGGCCCCCCUGGCCCCCAGGGCCCCAAAGGGGACAAAGGUGAUCCUGGUGUCCCAGGAGCUCCUGGCAUUCCUGGUGGUCGCACUCAAGGAGGCUCAUCGAGCACUAUGUACAUGCAGGGCCCACCCGGCCCCCCAGGGCCCCCAGGGCCUCCAGGAUCCAUCAGCAGCUCCGGCCGGGAGAUUCAGCAGUACAUCUCUGAGUACAUGCAGAGUGACAGUAUCAGAUCUUACCUGUCUGGAGUUCAGGGUCCCCCAGGCCCACCUGGUCCCCCUGGGCCUGUCACCACCAUCACAGGCGAGACUUUCAACUACUCGGAGCUGGCCAGCCAGGUCGUGAGCUACUUACAGACUUCAGGGUACAGCAUCAGCCGGUCCUCCGCCUCCAUCUCUUCUGAAGACAUCCUGGCCGUGCUGCAGCGGGAUGACGUGCGCCAGUACCUCCGUCAGCAACUGAUGGGGGCCAGUGGGGACGGGUCCCUCCUGUCUCUGGACUACGCAGAGCUGAGCAGCCGCAUUCUCAGCUACAUGUCAAGUUCUGGGAUCAGCAUCGGGCUCCCUGGCCCCGCCGGGCCCCCCGGCCCCCCUGGCCUGCCAGGAACGUCCUAUGAAGAGCUCAUCUCCUUGCUCCGAGGGUCCGAAUUCAGAGGCAUCGUUGGACCCCCAGGACCCCCAGGGCCACCAGGGAUCCCUGGCAACGUGUGGUCCAGCAUCAGCAUGGAGGACCUCUCAUCUUACUUGCUCACUGCCGGCUUGUCAUCCAUCCCAGGCCCUCCAGGCCCUCCUGGUCCCCCAGGUCCUCGAGGCCCCCCGGGUGUCUCGGGAGCUCUGGCAACUUAUGCGACUGAGAACAGCGACAGCUUCCGGAGCGAGCUGAUCAGCUACCUCACGAGUCCUGACGUGCGCAGCUUCAUUGUUGGCCCCCCAGGCCCCCCGGGGCCACAGGGACCACCUGGGGACAGCCGCCUCCUGGCCAUGGAUGACUCCUACCGCCGGACGAGCAGCUCCUCCUCACACAGCUCGUCCUCCAGCCGGGGCAGCUCCUACAGCUCUUCCACGGGCCUGGGAGGAGCCGGCGGAGGCGCUCUGGGCGAAGGGGCAGCCUUUGGUGGGGCUGGAGACGGAGGCUAUGGGGCAGCAGCAGCAGGUGGCAUGUACGGUGGUGAAGGUGGGCCAUUCGCGGCUGGCUUCGCUGGAGGUCUGGAUUACAAUGAGCUGGCUGUUCGGGUGUCGGAGAGCUUGCAGCGUCAGGGCCUGCUGCAAGGGAUGGCCUACACUGUCCAGGGCCCACCAGGCCAGCCUGGGCCCCAGGGGCCACCUGGCAUCAGCAAGGUCUUCUCCGCUUACAGCAACGUGACCUCGGACCUCAUGGACUUCUUCCGAACUUAUGGAGCCAUUCCAGGACCCCCUGGCCAGAAGGGAGAGGUGGGCUCCCCAGGACCCAAAGGUGACAGGGGCCCUGCUGGACCACAAGGUCAUCCUGGGCCACCCGGCCCUCGAGGGCACAAGGGCGAAAAAGGAGACAAAGGUGACCAAGUCUAUGUUGGGCGGAGAAGGAGAAGUAGUAUCGCCAUCAAGCCAUGAGCACGCUUUGGUGGGACAACCCCCUGGACCAGUUCUCUCAAUGCGUAUGACACUUAGGUCAAAUGUCUCCAGAGGGUGAAAGCUGGAGUCUGUCAAUGUCCUACGGAGACAGCAUACCCAAAUAGUCCCCUAGCAACACUUGUUUUAGUCUGAACAAAAUAUACAUAUAUAGAACUCAGUCAAAGAUACACAAUCUGAAACAGCUUCAUUGGGUAGACUUUAAGAAUAGCUGCAAUGUUUUAGAAUGAGACUAGCUUCUCUUCUAUCUAGACCUGAGCUCCCUGGCUUCUGUAAUACUUAGUACAAGCCCCAACCUAGGAGAGCCAGCUACAUACAAGUUGGCUCAGGAGUCUUAGAGCUUUGCCUAAAUAUGAGCCCAGAAAAUGGAAGACGGGAAUGGGGUGCCUUCCUGGAGGUGACACUUGAUGGGGAUGUAUUCUGGUAACUGCUGCAAGGCUGUGCUGUCAGCUCCUUCCUCCCCUGUUCACUCUGCAUUCUCUGGUCACAGAAAACAGUUGGCUAAGAAGUGACUCUUGCAACUGAAAAAAUUAAGACAUUCACUUUCCCUGUAGGAGGUGACAGGGUUUCUAAUAGUUAUCCCAUUCUACAUGUAUAGCGUAUUCCCACUUGCUUAGAAGUCUGACUGUAGCUUUGAUCUGUCCAUAGGUCCAUGCUAGAGUUCACAGAUACGUUAUACUGAACUAGGCCACAACAAAUAGGAAAAGAGGGGUGAGGGGCAAUGGGCAAGGAAGGGGGAGGGGACAGAAUACCUGAUGCUGAGGACAGACGGCUUCGGCUCGAGAUGUCACCCUCUCUUCUGCACUCAGGAAAUGGCAUGGGGGACUGAGCACGGUUGGUUUUUAAGCACUUUUGAAUGUCUAAAAACAUUUGUAUGUGGUCUAUAAGAUAAAGUCAUUUCAAUUGUAAAAUUUCCAAUUAAAGUUUUUUUUCUUUUUUAA